UCAAACUUUGGCCCAACCCAAUUGGAAAGCAGCGAAGUGAGUCAGUUCGAAACCCAAAUCAAGGUAACUUUCUCGCGAAACGCAGAGGGUGAUGGCAGCGUCGUUCAGGUGGUUGUUACAACUUCACAAAGACGUUCCAAAAGCGGCUCGUUUUUACUCAGAAGGCUUAGAUUUCACCGUCAACGUUUGCACUCUCCGUUGGGCGGAACUUCAAUCCGGUCCUCUUAAGCUUGCUCUCAUGCAUUCUCCCAUUGACCAAAGCGCACAGAAGGAAUACACUUCAUUGCUAUCAUUUACAGUGACGGAUAUCAAUAGUACUGUGACUAAACUUAUGGCAUUAGGUGCUGAACUUGAUGGACCCAUCAAAUAUGAAAUCCAUGGAAAGGUUGCAGCUCUGAGGUGCAUUGAUGGACAUGUCUUAGGUUUUGUAGAAAAGUUUCAAUGCAACAAGUGCAUAUAGUACUUACUUAAAUUACUCAAUUUUGAAGAAUAAUUGAUGCUGAGAAAAAGUAAAGACAAAGAAGUGACAAAAACCUACCUUCUGGGAGUGGUCCUUAAUGGGAGAUGUUGGAAUAUGAAUAUUCUGUGAAAUUGUUUAGUUGGAUUGUUAACUGGUAACAUGUUUUUAAUUAGUAGUGAGUUCUAGAAUUUUCUAGUUCCAUUGGGAGAAUAAUUCAUAUUCAAUAGCUUGGCAUAAACACAUGGUCAUCACAACUAUGACACAAUACAAUAGUAAGCAGUAGAAAAUAAUUUUGAUGAGAAGUUACGAGCAAAACAAUUAGUUUGAUUGCA